UUCCGGUGAGAGCGGCGCAGGCGCACUGGUGGUUCCGAGCCGGGAGCUGACAGGGAGAGCGAGAGCGCGCGGGGCUCAGGCUUGAGCUUGGGCCUGGUGUUGGGAGGAAGGCGCGGCAGGCAGGAGUCACCAUGUCUUCCAGGAGCCUCCGGAAACUGCGCGGGGAGCGGAAACAAGAACCGCUCAAUCACUUUGCCGACCAGGAGGAGGAGGAGGCGGAGGAAGAAGAAGAGAGGCCGCUGGAACCCGCCACGUCUCGAAAACGACGGAGGAACAGGGGAAAUAAAGCGGCAGCUGGAAACCUGCCCCAACUGAUAAGUGAAGUUGAUGAUGAAUCUGAUGCAACUAGUGACAAACAUCUUACGGAAGUGUCAGAUGAUAUAAACCUUAGGCUCGACUCUUCAUCCGGGGGGAAUGAUCAAAUUGAAACAAUGCAGAAUACAGAAAAUGAAGAACGUGAAAAAGAAAAUGACGAAUUAGUAAAUGAGUCUGACGUUUUGCAGACAAGUUCACAAAACAAGCCCAAACGGAAGAAAAAGAAAAAGAAAAACCGCAACAGUACUACAGAUGAUGCCAAGGAAGUUGUGACUGACGACAUUGACAGCAUUCUACAGGCGAUUGAGACACCCAAUGGUUUUCAUCACCAAACACAUACAGUCAGUGUGGAAUCAAGACCAUUGCUGUAUGUUGAACAUAGGAAUCUGAAUCCGGAGACUGAACUAAAGAGAUACUUUGGAGCUCGAGCAGUUCUUGGAGAUCAAAGGUCAAAGCAGCGGCAUCGUUCAUUGCACAGGAGUACAUGGCUCACAACACCUAAAGAUACUUGGCCAAGAUACACCAAAACAGGAAUUUCUAUGCAGCUGCUGGAGACCAAAGGUGGAGCUCAGUAUUUCACCUUUGAACACAAUCGUGAUUAUCAACAGGUUCAGUUCAAAUUCUUGGAUGCUGUAGAUUCUCUGGACCCAAAUAACAUUCUGACCCUCCUACGUGUGAACCCACAUCAUAUCGACUCUCUGUUGCAACUAAGUGACAUCUGUCGGAUGCAAGAGGAUCAGGAAAUGGCACGUGAUCUAAUUGAAAAAGCACUAUACUGUUUUGAAAGUGCAUUUCACCCAGUGUUUAGCCUGACCAAUGGAAAUAGCCGGUUAGAUUAUCGACGAGCUGAGAACAGGUCAUUCUUCCUUGCACUGUACAAGCAUAUGAUAUUCCUAGAGAAAAGAGGCUGUCCACGUACGGCACUGGAAUUUUGUAAGCUUAUCCGUAGCCUGGACCCUGAAAGAGAUCCACUAUGUGCUUUGUUGAUUAUUGAUUUUUUGGCAUUGCGAGCACGAGAAUAUGCUUUCUUAAUACGACUUUAUGAGGAAUGGGAGUUCCAUUUGAAUCUGUCUCAGCUCCCUAAUUUUGCAUUCUCUGUCCCAUUGGCUUAUUAUCAUCUAAGUCAACGAGAAGGUCUGUCAGAUACUGAGCGCUGUAAAAAGCAAGAGCGAGCUAAGCGUCUGUUACAAAAUGCUCUCAUUGUGUUUCCUAGUGUACUGAUGCCGUUACUGGAUCUUUGCAGUGUGCAAGCAGACCAGGCUGUGUUGUCGCACAAGUAUUUUGGAUUUGAUGUUCAGAUAAGACAGCCAAAUGCACUAAAGCAGUUGGUGACGCUAUUUAUUGGAAGGAACUGGAUGCUCUGGAAGGAACCAAGAGUCAUGUCUUGGUUGGAAGAGAAUGUGAAGGAAGUUCUAAUACGAGUAGAUGCAAAUGACCCACUUGUACAGGAGUCUGAAAACAAGAGAAGGAUUAGAUACCAGAAUGUUCCCAGGAACAUCUAUCGUCAUAUUGUACUGUCUGAGAUAAAGGAAGCUGUUGCAACUCUUCCACCCGAAGUAACUGCACAGCCUGUGAUGGGUUUUGAUCCACUCCCUCCACUAGAUGGCAUUGUCACAUACACGAGACCUGAAAGGAUAAAUCAUGCAGCAGAUGGAAGCACCUUAUCACUGUUCUUUCGAUCUUUGUUGCCAAAUUUUAAUCUUCAGGAGGACAGGAGACAGAAUGUGGAAGGUGACGGUGCAGAGGACCAACAUGAAUUGAAUCAAGGCGUAAACCGACUCAUGGCUGCAAUGAGGGAUAUGUUAGCAAAUAUCCACUUCCAUGAACCACCACAGGAAGAAGAUCAAGAUGAUGAUGGUGAUGGAGAAUGGGAUUAAAAUUUCAUGUACGGAGUCUUCAGUGAAAUGUAACUUAGGUCUGUAAGAAUAGUGCAUUCUUUAACUGCUUACAUAGCUGCGGCACAGUGAUAUAGAAGCAUUUAUGAAAAGACACCAUCAUAUUGUAUUUAGUUCUGUGGAUUAUUAUUGACCAUAAGUGCUAACACAAGUGAAGGAAAGCACUUUAUCAUCAGUAAUUUUUAAAUGGUUAGAAGCAACUAAAAGAAUAACGAAUACUGUAAAUUUCAGCUUUACGUUUGGCAAAAUUUUAUAUUUUUGGUCUAUAAAUCUAGUGAGAUUACAUGUUUUUAAACAUGCUUCCAAUAUAAAGGAGAAUUUGUAGGGUAUCCAAAAACUUGACGAGCAGUUGCUCUUUUGUAUUUAUUGAAGUCUAAUUUAAAUACUUAAGUGAAAUGUAGUUGACAUGUAGAAUUUACACAAGUGCUUUAUGUUGGAAAGAAAAUGUUGUUACUAGAACGGAACAGUGCAUAACAGUGUGCCAACUAUGCGUAUUAAAGUCAUAGCCUUUUCUGUGAAUCAAGUGUAAUUGUUUGAUCUACUUAGUUAUAUUUGAUCAAUUCCUUUUUACCAAGUUGAUGGUACAUUUGCACUUGGAAGGUGUGUGGAGCAAUCUAAAUUUAAUUAGAAGACCGUCAGCAGUCAGGUUUGGUGACAGUGAUAAAGGAAUGAAUUUGAUUGAAUCCAUUAAUAAAAGGCUGGGAAAGUAAUCAUUAUUUGAGGCCAUUCUGAAUAUGGUAAAACAACAGUAAAAUUUUAUGAAUACUAAAGCAAAAUAUUGCAGAUGCUAAAAAUCUGAAGAAGCAAAACUGAAAUAAUAGAAAAUGCUCAGCAAUCUAUUCAGAGAACAGCACCAAUGGAUUGGUUUCAUAACCUCUUCUCAAUUGUAAUCAGAAAUUCUGUCACUGUAUAAAGGGGAGCACUCUAUACCACUGAGUAAAUAAAUAAAAUUAUUAUUUAGAUUUAAUAUCAAACAAGGAGUUCAUAGAAAAUUAUUGAGCAUACUUCGUGAUUAUUAGCAUGAGUUUGUGAAAAUAACUUGGGAAUCCUGAAGACUGAAAUGCUUGAGUUAACGUAAGGGAGGUCAUUUGACCUGAAAAGUUCAUGCUGGUUCUCUGUCUGUUGAUAGUACCUGACCUGAACAUUUCCAGCAUUUUGUGUUUUGUAUGCUGUGAAUUCCUGUUUCAGUGUGAAACAUAGGUGGUACGAUAUUCUUAGUUAUAUGCUUGUCAAUGGUAAGAAGUUGCUUUUAUGUAAAAACUUGCAAAUUCUGGAUUAAAUUCACUCGUAAUCCAGUCAGGAAAAAAAUUCUCACUUAAAUGACUUGAAGCGAACUCUCACCAAAUGUGUAUAGACCAGCUAUAGUUAUUAAAUGCAUCAUUAAUGUUUCAUCCUUUUUAUUUGGUUUCUCUUUUUAUUAUUGAAUUUUGCUGUUUUUUUUGUAAAUACUCAAGAUGCAAAAAUUCUAACCGUUUAGGCUGUGAUGAGAUUUAAUUUUGCAAAAAAAUCAAAUGUUAUUUGCAUCCUGAAUCCAUGUAUGAAUCUGUAUUCUGAUUUUUCUCUGUUCUCAUUUUCAAUUUAAAUUCAUAAAGUUAGUUGCAGUUCAUUACCUAAUUUGUCAAUCAUAAUUUACUUUAAAGUUGGUAAAUUAUAUUCUGAAUUGAGUGAGCCAGUCAGUGCAGAAUGUAUUUUCUGUGCAAGCAUUGAAUGUUGUUCACUAUUCUAAAAGUAUACAAAGUGAUAUUGGAGAGCAGAUUUUUUAAAAAAUAUCAUUAAAUUAGAAAUAAAGUUGUUGAUGGUAAAAUAAGUUAUUAUUUGAGAAGGAAUAAGGACCCUUAAGAGGGUCCUGCAGCCUGAAUGAUGUCCAAACAAGUGUCUUUAAGGAAAUGGAACAAAAACCAGACAAAAUCCUUGUCUUUAAGUUUGCAGAAAUCUGGGACUGUUCCCUUUCACAAGGAUGCUUAACAUUCUUCUCGCCUUUUAUGUCAUAUGUCUAGCCAACUACAUCCCCAUUAGUUUGACGUCAAUCAUGGGUAAUAUUUUGAGAAAAUAACUCAGGAUGCAAACGUAUGGUUACUUAGACAGAGAUGGACACAUUACGAUCAACAAUAUGAUUCCUGUAAAUAAAAAUAUUUCUCACUAAUUUGGUAUUUUUUAACAAAGGAAUAAAGAAACUCAGUGGGUAAGAUCUUUCAUGUUUUGAGGGUACUUUUAGUAAUACACGGCUACUGCUAUAUUCUGAAAUUCAUGGCAGUUUUCUGCACUGGAUUGGGAUUGAGCUGAAUGCUCAUGGGCAGGAUUUUGAUCUCUGGAGAACCUGUCCCCAGUAGUGCUUUACAUAGAUGUUAGGACAUAUUACAUUUGGCAGUUUCAUUAUGCGGCUGUUAGGGGAAUUGUCUACAGUUUAAGAGGUAGGUCUAGAUUGUUCAGAAGUCCAAGUUAAAGAUAAUGUCCAGGAUGGUGGCAGAGGAGGGCUCCUGAAUCGGAGCUUCCUGCUUCAAUCUCUUCCUUCCUCGCUUGUUUUCAUUUGUAGUGUGUCUUUUCUCUACUUAGCUUCUGAAGGGUCAUGGAGGCAGUAAUGGGCAGUUGGUGAGAGCAGGAGCAGGCAGCUCUGUCAGUGGGUGGGCAGACAGUAGUAAGAGCAUGUACAGGCAGUCCCCGGUGCCAGCAAGGGCAACAUCAAGCUGUUGUGAGGAGUGCAAGCCCAGCAUGGGCAGGCAUCUAUGGACUGUGGUGUUACACAGUUCGUUUAUGUUUUGGUAAGAAGGACUGUAAUGUUUAGCUUUUUGAACUUUGUUUUCCUUGUUUUUCUGCUUUGUACUUAAGGUUCUGUGCCUAGGUACCUUUUGUAUUUAAGACAAUGCCAUAACUGAUGAUUUGUAAACUUCUUUCACUGUACUCGUGUGGGUUCAUGUGAAAAUGAACCUAAAUCAAAUAUCUGCCAAAGUUGUGUGUGAACACAGGUAGGAGGGGAACUAAUUAAAA